GUGCUGUGAUUGGGGACGGACAGUCAGCUGUGGCCAGUAACAUUGCCAACACAACCUACCGGCUCCAAUGGUGGGACUUCACUAAAUUUGAUCUGCCUGAAAUCAGCAAUGCCUCUGUGAACGUGCUUGUUCAAAACUGCAAGAUUUACAAUGAUGCUAGCUGCGAUAUCUCUGCUGAUGGGCAGCUGCUGGCAGCCUUCAUUCCCAGCAGCCAGAGAGGCUUCCCUGAUGAAGGAAUACUGGCUGUGUAUUCUCUGGCACCGCACAACUUGGGCGAGAUGCUUUACACAAAGCGAUUUGGCCCUAAUGCCAUUUCUGUGAGCCUGUCGCCAAUGGGUAGAUACGUCAUGGUGGGACUGGCUUCCCGACGUAUCCUGCUGCACCCCUCCACUGAACACAUGGUUGCUCAAGUCUUCAGGCUACAACAGCCCCACGGUGGAGAAACCUCUAUGAGGAGAGUGUUCAAUGUUCUGUACCCAAUGCCUGCCGACCAGAGAAGACAUGUCAGCAUCAACUCUGCUCGCUGGCUGCCUGAGCCAGGCCUGGGAUUGGCGUAUGGCACCAACAAAGGGGACCUGGUGAUUUGCCGACCAGAGGCCUUAAACUCUGGAGUUGAGUACCACUGGGACCAGAUGAAUGAGAACGUCUUCACUGUGCAUUCCAGCAGCAGGAGCACUGAACGGCCCGGAACCAGCAGAGCCACGUGGAGGACAGACAGGGACAUGGGCCUGAUGAAUGCCAUAGGCCUGCAACCCCGAAACCCCCCCACCUCUGUGACUUCGCAGGGUACCCAGACCUUGGCACCUCAGCUGCAGAAUGCUGAGACUCAGACAGAGAGGGAGGUACAGGAGCAGGAAUCCGCCUCUGCCGGGACUGGGGAAGGUGAAGGUCCAGACUAUGGGGCCAGUGGGGAGGAUGCCCUGAGUAGGAUCCAAAGGCUGAUGACAGAAGGUGGCAUGACUGCCGUGGUCCAGCGGGAGCAGAGCACCACCAUGGCCUCAAUGGGUGGCUUUGGCAACAACAUCAUCGUGAGCCACCGGAUCCACCGCAGCUCUCAGACCGGUGCAGAGUCCACCGGAGCUGAGGGCACAUCAGCACAGCAGUCCACCUCACAGCAGAUGGCAGCUGAGCUGGAGGGACGGAUCCUUUCAGAGUCUAUGCAGCUCUCGGAGCAUGGUCUGAGCCCGCGGACAGCCCCUGGUGGGAGUGAAGGACAAAGCGCUGGUGACCUGGACCUGCCAGAGCAGGCCCAGUCCUCCAUGGACACUGAGGGACCAAUUGAAUACAGUGACCUAACUAAUAAUAACCAUCUUCCUGACAGUACCAACUUCUAUAGUAAUGACAGCACCAGUGGGGAGUCGCGGAACAGGUAGAGAUUGAGUUGUGUGUUGGUGCUACCCUUGUACUGCUCAGCAGAGACCUGUACCUCACAGCUGGCCAGGAGCUGGAAGAGUAGGAACAUGUGGCUCUGACAGGAUGCUGGUGGUUCAGAGGGCUUCUCUGUCCUGGGUGAGUGGGGGAAGAAUAAGGACUGCAAGGGAAGCCACGGGGAAGAAAGCGUACUUAACUUCCAACAUUCCCACUGCUGAAGAAUUAACAGGAAUAUGAACUGUACUGGCUGCACAUCAUGCAGACUUUGAAGCCCCUUGGGGUCCCCUGAGCUCAGCCCUAACCCUGCAGUUUGGUCGGUGUCAUCCUCUCCAAAGCUUCUUUCCUUUCCUUUUCCUGCCCUUUUAUGCCCAGGGGCUGAUCAGUAGAGUGGAGAAAGGAAAGGGGGCCUGCAGCAUCCUUCUGGAGACAGGCAGUCCUACUGGGCAAACCUGGGCGUGAUGCUCCAGCUCCUUGCUGGAGUGGAGGAGUCUUCCAGGCCACAGCCACACUCCAUGGCACAGCGCUGCUUCCCCCCCAGUGUGGUGUUCUGAGACUUCUCCUGUCUGCACUGUGGUGUUUUCUGGGAAGAACUGGGCUUUGCCAUAACCUGCAUGGCUCAGGACCUGCUCACAGGUGGGGGAUCUUCCCUUUUUAGAGAGUUAGUUUAGUACUUGGCAGGAACCUAAGCAGAGCUGCUGUAUAGAUGGAUAGAGGGACAAGGGCUACUGCUCUCUAGUCAGGAUGCGGUUCACGCAAGGAUGUUCUAAACUGUGCCAAUAUUAACAUGAAUGAGCCAUCCCAGUGGUUUUAUGGUGUCAGGACUGAGCUGCACCUCCUUGGCAAGGGGGCAGGAAAUGUCUCUCAGCUCCAGGUCAGGGUGUGAGGUAUGGGUCUGUGAUGUAAGGUGUUGCAUGUGAAAUCUUGACCUUGUACAUGUAGUUUCUAGUGGAGAAUUCCAGGCUCUGAUAUUUUGUUUUUAGUCUCAAAUGUGAUUUUCCUUUUCGUUUGUAACUCUCCAUCCCUAGCAGGCUUGUGGAGGAAGGGCGGGGAGAGCGUGAGUGCUGACGAGGGAAACACCAAAGAUCAAUGUCAUUAAAAUAUGACAA